AUGCCGGUGAGACGAUCGCGCCUAGGGUGUGAGGAGUGCCGACGACGUAGGAGGAAAUGCGACGAGGGGCAGCCCAUCUGCGGGCCGUGCUCGUCCUUCCGUCGACAAUGCGACUACACGCUCAAGGUCGUCUGGGGGCCCCUCCGAAGCAGGAGCAGCAGGACCCCGGCGGCGCAGAGGGGGCCCCGUCAACCUUUGACGGUUGACCAGAAGGAGAAAAGCAACGACCAGGAACAAGUCAAGACCCAGCAAGACCAGGAGAGCAGCGACCAGCAACAAGUCAAGACCCAGCAGGACCAGGAGAGCAACGACCAGCAACAAGUCAAGACCCAGCAAGCGCAAGCCCAAGCCACAGACACCGCCGUCGUCCUCCCGCGCAGCCUGCCCAACGGCAUCUCGCUCCCGUCCCGCUACCAGCGCCUGCUGAGCUACUUCACCGACGACAUCCUCGCCUCCCUGUCCGUCCACCCGUCCAUCCACGCGGACCUGCGACGGGGCCUGGUCCCCGUCGCGCUCGAGUCGCCUCACCUGCUCUCCGCCUGCCUGGCGCUGGCCGCCGCCGGCUUCCAGUCGCGCGGCGUCCGCGCCAUUGACGGCACCGACGUGACGCGCAUCCUCGAUCACCUGCAGUCCUCGGGCCUCUCGCUGCUGCGGUCGACCCUGGGCAGCGGCCAGUCCAGCACCGCGCUGCUGGCGACGUGCCUCAUCUGGUGCCUGGCCGACGUCUUCGCCUCGCGCCAGGGCACGACGUCGUGGCGCGUCCAUCUCAAGGGCAUCAAGGCGCUCAUUAGCACGAACGCGACCUACAGACGUUUCCAGUCCCACGAUGCGCAGAGCGAGGUCACGGCGAUGCGGCACCUGUAUCAGCUCUACCUGGCGCUGGAGACGCUGCCGUACGUGCCUGCGCUCGAGGAGGCCGAGCAGCCGCCACUCGCGCGCGACGGGGGCGGCGACGAGGGGGACGUGGGCAACAGCCCGGGGAUCGAUGGGUUCCUAGGCUACAGCGAGGAGCUGCUACACGUGCUACGAGACAUUGACCGCAUCGCCACCCGUGGUGGUGAGGAUGAAGAGGCAGCUGCCGACCUCCUCGUCACGCUCGAGCAGAUGAUCGCCCGUGAUGAGGAGACGGCGCCGCGCAUCGUCAUUGGCACAACCCUCUCGCCCGAGCAGGCCAAUGAAUUCCUGCUCUGCCACAGAAUCUUCCAGCAGGCGACACUUGUCCACCUGUACCGCCGUCUCUACACCCUGUCCUCGUCCUCGCCGCCGAUCCGCCAGGCCGUAGAGAAGAUGGAGGGCAUGAUCAGCGAGAUGACGCAGGACCAGUCCUGCCACACGUGGGUGGCCAUGGCGAUGCCCCUGUUCACCAUGGGCUGCGAGGCGUUCCGGCCCCAACAGCAGGGGUUUGUGCUGGACAAGAUUGCCAAGUUUGAGGCCUGCCUGGGCUCGCUGCACGUCGGCAUCAUGCGCAAGGCGCUGGAGGACAUGUGGCGCAUCCGGCGGGCCAUGGACGACGUGGACGGGCACCGCUGCGCGAGCGAGCUGCUUGAAAAGCUAGAGUACAAUAUCAUCCUCUUCUAG